AUGAAGGACAGCGCAGCAGAGACGAGUGGAGUGGAGGAGGGGGAAUCGCACGCGCCGGGACAAGAACAUGACUUGAAGAUGAGCUCUCCUCAGACAGAGUUAGAGGAGAAAGACUGUCCUCCCCCAGAGGAAUUGGAGUGUAAAAUCUGCUACCAGCGUUACAAUGCACACGCCCGGAAGCCCAAGAUCCUGGACUGCCUGCACCGGGUCUGCGCCCGCUGCCUCAUGAAGAUCCUGGACAUCGCUGACGGAGCGGGCUGCAUCCCGUGCCCCUUUUGCCGACACCACACCGAAAUCACCGAGUACCAGGUGUCGGCCCUGCCCGACGACGUCAACAUCAUGUCGCACUUGGAAAAGUCCUGCAGCUUCGACCAGAAGCGGGAGGUGGUCUUGACCCCAAAGAGUUUCUCGUCCUCCAGCCCGACCCGCGACUCCUCCAACUGUCUGGUGAUCACCAUCAUGGAGGUGCAGAGGGACUCGCCCAGCCGGAACGGGAGCUCCGACGUCUACGCGGAGCAGAGCCUGGACUCGGUAUCGAUAGGCUCCAACGGACCCGUUGACCCCGACGCCCUGUCCAAAUUCUGUAACCACGUCCCGCGCAUUCUGGUCUGGCUGCUGGGAUUCUUAUACUUUGGUUCACUGCCUCUUGGAAUCUACUUGCUGGUGAUCCAGAGAGUGACUCUUGGAAUUGUGUGCGUGAGCCUUGUGCCAUCGAGCCUGACAGUUUGCUUGGUCUACGGAUUCUGCCAGUGUCUGUGUCAGGGCAUGUGCGACUGCUCCUCCAGAGGCUGA